AUGAGCGUGCUCCUCACUCACCUGCUCACCUCGAAUGAGCCCCCACACUCGUCGUCAGAGUGCCAGUCGACCUAUGAUCUCCUUACCUCCGCCCAGGCUGUCCUAGCCUCUGUCGAGACAGAGAUUACCGCGCUCAAUGCCUCUCUUGCCAUGGCGCUAUCGCGACGAGACGCGACGCUCCAAUCUAUUGCCCGGCAUCGCGCGAUACUGUCACCCAUCCGCUACCUCCCCACCGAGAUCCUGCAGCACAUCUUCUCUUUGAUCAACCCUCCUGCGGACGCUUUCGCGCAACGGUCCUGGGAAUCGGACUUCCGCGCGCCCUGGGCUGUGGGCGUCGUCUGUAGGGCUUGGCGGCAGGCAGCGCUGGGACAUCCCGGCCUGUGGUCUGUGCUUACUCUGACCGAGAGGGUACCCAAAGCUAUGUUGCAUACCCGCCGGCAGAUGCUGGAAGUGCAGUUGGACAGAAUCUCGGGCUGCACGGAGUUGGGCGCACAUGUGCUGCUUUGGGGGAGGCCGGACGAUGAUCUGUUUGACCUCCUUCUGAGCUUCUCUGGCAGAUGGGAAUCACUGCGCUUCAACUUCGAAUCCUGCGCGGGGUCGAAUAUCUGGCCGCGACGGGUUAAUGCCCUCGACUCCGUGCUGAGCGGAGCUUCCUUCCCCAAGUUGCGCACCAUCGAAAUCAUCGGGAGUGUCCCUGGUGCUAUACCCGCCGUCCUAGCUUCCGCACACAACCUUCGAGAGCUGCGCUUCAGGCAGCACAAACAAUCCGCGAACUUGCUUCGCUUGAGUGGAGUGCCACUUGCACAGCUGACGCAUCUGGAGGUGCCGUAUCUCGGGCGCACCGAGGCUCUGAACGUCCUCAGCUGCACGCCCCACCUGAUCGAGUGUGUGCUUUCCACUGCCAAGCGCCACGGAUGGAAUGUCGCACCCGAUCAACAGUACUUCGAGCCGGGCAGCAUCAAGCUGCCUUAUCUCAGGCGCUUUUGCUACCACACCCACGACACCGACACCGACAUCUUGCCGUUCUUGGACUUGCCGGCGGUCGAGGACCUAAGCCUGCACCGUUCGAGUGCAGAUUCGCUUGUGCGAUAUCUCCUGUCUCAAAGCUCCCCUUCCGCAAUCCGCCGGCUCUCGAUGUGGGAAUGCACCAAAGCGACUGCGUCCAACUUGCUUGCGAUGUGUUUAGACUGCCUCCCGUGGUUGCAGUUCCUACUGGUCGACUCCACCAACGGGCAAGAAGGACUCGAGCUUCUGCAGAGUCUCAAUACGGGAGAACGAUGCCCGUCUCUCGAAUCGCUCGUGUAUUCGUCCGAACUCAAUUGCCAGACAUUCGACGCGUUCAGAACACUCGUUGCGACCCGAGGACGACGAGGAAAUGGCGCCGGGAGGCUGAGCUAUCUGCGCAUAUUCCAGUCUCCCCCAACGUUCUUCUCGCCAGAGAUGUCCUGUUUCUCCGAAGAGGCUGCAGCGAUGAAACAGUCGUUUGGGGUGGACACCGCCCUGCUCAGGUCCCACGAAAUCGCAGUUUCAAAACGGUCUUGGUGUCUCUGA